AUGGCAUUCCUUCUCCCCGAACUCCUGGCGUCGGCCGCCGACAUCACGCUUCCCAACCUCCUGGAGGCGCAGGACAGGCUCGAGGCCGAGGCACGCGAGGUCCUUCCCUACUCAUUUGACGAGUGCACCUUCUCCAAGGGCGCGAUCCGGCAGUCGGUAUGGUCAUGUGUGGACUGCGGCGAGAAAGGCGUGUGCUACGGCUGCUCAAUCUCCUGCCACUCCGAACAUCGCCUUGUUGAGCUCUGGACCAAGCGGGGUUUCACAUGCGACUGCCCGACGUCUGCCAUGUGCGCACCUUCCUCAAGCACCAGCAAGAGGAAGUGCCACCUCUUCCCGGCGGACCAGCAGCCGCAACCACCGAAUGAGAGCAACACGGGCAGGUACACGCACAACUUCCACGGCGAGUUCUGCCGCUGUGGUCGCGAUUAUGACCCGGAGACGGAGGCCGAGGCGAUGAUUCAUUGUCUUGGAUGUGAAACGGAGGCCGAGGCGAUGAUUCAUUGUCUUGGAUGUGAAGACUGGUUCCACGAAUCAUGUCUCAACCUCGCCCCGCGCAAGCCGGAAUGGGCCGAGCCGCUUGACGAAGACGAGGAGGAGAGCGACUCCCUCCUCCCGUCGGACAGCUACGACGGACUGUUGUGUGCUGCAUGUGCGGCGCAUCCGUUCGUCAACGCGCGGAAGGGAAAGGAAGGGUGGAUGGUAAUCGGGCCGCAGGGUGAGGGGUGGGUCGUGGAGGGCCGGAAUGCGGAAGACCCGAAGAAAGAUGGGAAGGCUGAGGAGGUGAAGGUCGAGGAUGAAGCCAAAGCGGACGCGGAGGCGCCAGCAAGUCUCAAGCGCAAGUCUGCAGACGACGGACUCGUUGCGAAGCGUGCGCGGGUUGACGACAUGAACCCGCUUCUGGUGGUGGCCGAGACCAUCACUGCUGAGCUACCCUCUGAGCCCUCGAAGUCUGUCGCCAAGCCUACAGACGGAUCCACUGCCACCGAACUCCCUGCCACUCGGCUCCGGACGUCGGCUGGCGACGUCUUCCUUGCCCAUGGUAUCCGCGAACGCCUCAGAGCCACACUCUCGGAUGCCGAGGCCACAGUACUUCCGUUCCCCCUCGUAGAUGAGGAGAUCUACGAGCCGCCAGCCGACUGCCCGCCGGAGACGCUCGAGGAGGUCACGCAGCGCGUUGUUGGUGGCUUACCGCGUGUCCAGGCGAUCGAGGCGUUGCAUGGGUAUGAGGCUAUGCGGGACAAACUCAAGGUCAUGCUUGCUGGUCACGUUGCGAGCGGGGAGGUGGUGAGCCGUGACGACAUUGAGAGCUUCUUCGAGAACCUGCGCGCUGGCCGCGCCAAGUAG